CCCGUUUGGUUCCUAAUGAAUUUACCCCAGCAAGGCAUCUGGGCGCUAUUGGACCACGUGACUGGUUAGGACAGCCAUCGUUUUACCUAAUUCAUGUCCAACCCAAAAUGGGAAAGGGGUGCGAGGACUGCAGAGGAUAAAACGAACAGCAAUGGUAUCGUUUAGGAGUUUUGUUUCAAUCUCAAAACCUCGUUUUUCAAAUCCUCUGUAGGUUCUAUUGGUUGAAAAAAAAAAAAGUAACCAAGCAAAGGUGGGAUUGAACCAGCAGCUGGCCUGAACCUGUUAACUGGCAACCAGGAGCAGGGACACCAAUCCAGCCUCCUGAUUGGCUGUGACAAACAGGCUGUGGAGAGGAGGGGGAAACUAACAAUCAACUGAUUUUGAUUUGCUCCCCCCUUUUUAUUAUUAUUUUUUUUUUUUUGAGGACUCAGCAGGAGGACUCAGCAGGAGGACUCAGCAGGAGGACUCAGCAGGAGGACUCAGCAGGAGGACUCAGCAGGAGGACUCAGCAGGAGGACUCGGACUCUGUGUUCUAACUUCCCAGGCGAGCAUGGGGCAGAGCAUCCCUGGAGGCAUAAAGACUAUUGACAUGAGAGACCCGGCAUUCAGGCCUCUGAAGCUGGAGUUGGCAGCCCUGGACCACGCCAAGCCCUCCAGGCUGGAUCUGCUGCUGGACAUGCCCCCUGCUGGACAGGAGGUCCAGAUGCAGCACUCGUGGAACAACAACGACCGAUCGCUCAACAUCUUCGUCAAGGACGACAACAAACUGGUCUUCCAUCGGCACCCCGUGGCUCAGAGCACGGACGCCAUCCGGGCCUGUAUCGGCUACACCCGGGGGCUCCACGUCUGGGAGAUCAGCUGGGCCAUGAGACAGCGGGGAACGCACGCCAUUGUCGGCGUGGCGACAGGAGACGCGCCGUUACAUUCUGUAGGCUACACGACCCUGGUGGGUAAUAACCACGAGUCCUGGGGCUGGGACCUGGGACGAAAUAAACUGCACCACGAUGGGAAGAACCAGCCCAGUAAGACAUACCCAGCGUUCCUGGAGCCGGAUGACACGUUUCUAGUCCCCGACUCAUUCCUGGUAGUGUUGGACAUGGACGAGGGGACUCUGAGCUAUAUAGUGGACGGACAAUACCUUGGGGUGGCUUUCAGAGGACUCAAGGGGAGGAAGCUGUACCCUGUCGUCAGUGCUGUGUGGGGGCACUGUGAAAUACGAAUCCGCUAUAUCAAUGGACUCGAUCCUGAGCCUCUCCCUCUGCUGGAGCUGUGUCGGCGCUCUGUGAGGGUAGCUUUAGGCAGAGAACGACUGAGUGAGAUCCAUGGUCUGCCUCUACCGGCCUCUCUCAAGAAUUACCUUCUCUACCAAUGACCUCGGGACCCUCAGCACAACAGAACAUGCCUCCGAUCCGUCGGCUGCCCCUGCCGGCCUCAAUAAAGAUCUACCAAGGGGCUGCCCUGUGCCCUCUCAUAAUAUACACUGAGUGUCCCUGCCGGCCUCUGUCCAUAGGGCUGUCCCUAAUCAACUACUACCAAUUACAACUCAAGGGACGGUCCUGUCCCCUCACUAGGGACUGCCUUGUCCCUUCACAACCCUCAUCUUGUACACUGAGCACAGGCUCAGAACCACAUUCCACCUCUACUGGCCUCCAUCAAGAACUACCAAUGACCAAGGGAGGGUCUGGGACUCACUCACAUCUUCUCUCCCCCCCGACUGCCCCGUCUGUGCCCACCAAUAGAUACACAGAGCACGCCUCACCCUCACUCACAUCUUCUCUCCCCCCCGACUGCCCCGUCUGUGCCCACCAAUAGAUACACAGAGCACGCCUCACCCUCGCUCACCUUCUUUGGGUAUUGUUCCCACUGAGGGUAAACGAACCAGUUUAACAACCCAACAUAACUCCAGCUUCUGUGUUUCAUCUCCAUGACUAAUCCUCCCAACCCAGCCCUCAGGGCUCAUUUCUACUAAUCACAUUACACCACAGAGUGAGAAGAACACUGUGUGAUGCUUGGCAUGUUCAAGAAGCUAUAGAGACAGUGGUUGGUGUUGGGUCAGUUUUUAAAAUAUAUUUUUUAAUAAUCGGCGCAUACAAUGAACACCUGCCAAAUGUGGGAAUAUUUAGGUUUUGGCGGGUGGUCAAUUUGCAGGGCUCCACAGUGCCAGCGUUACAUUCACCAAUAAAUAAAUAGUCUGAAGAAUUCUGCAAUAGCUGUUUUCAAAGUAUUUCUGUUUUGUUUCGUAGCUGCUAAUUAUACUAAUCCUAUAUCCCACCUGGAGCAGCAACACAGCCUGGCAGGGGAGCUGAACUCACAUUCUAUAUCCUACCUGGAGCAGCAACACAGCCUGACAGGGGAGCUGAACUCACAUUCUAUAUCCCACCUGGAGCAGCAACACAGUCUGGCAGGGGAGCUGAACUCACAUUCUAUAUCCCACCUGGAGCAGCAACACAGCCUGGCAGGGGAGCUGAUCUCACAUUCUAUAUCCCACCUGGAGCAGCAACACAGCCUGGCAGGGGAGCUGAUCUCACAUUCUAUAUCCCACCUGGAGCAGCAACACAGCCUGGCAGGGGAGCUGAACUCACAUUCUAUAUCCCACCUGGAGCAGCAACACAGCCUGGCAGGGGAGCUGAUCUCACAUUCUAUAUCCUACCUGGAGCAGCAACACAGUCUGGCAGGGGAGCUGAUCUCACAUUCUAUAUCCCACCUGGAGCAGCAACACAGUCUGGCAGGGGAGCUGAGCUCACUGAGUGACGUGCUGAUAGAUUCAUGCUCCUGAACGUUGGUCUAAUUUACUCAAGUCAACAAAGUGAGACUUUGUCCCCGUGUUUCUUGGCUCUUUCAAUUGUUUUGUUCACAAGGUUGUUUUUCAACGUUCGUUUUGAGUCCGCUGCUUCCAUGGAUAGCAAAAACUCCCUGGUCAGAGCCCAAAUCUCUCUCUCUCUCUCUCUCUCUCUCACACACACACACACACACACACACGACAGAAUGCGAGUGGCCCCGUUACCACGGUAACUUCCCUCAAAGGGGCAACUGAGCAUUUUGUCUCAGAUAUUUUGAUUUAAAAGACUGAGGUCACAAUUUUAAAUGUAUUAAAUUGUACUUCUUACUAACACAUUUCUUGUUUUAGAAAUAUUACAAAGCAUGAUUGUCAGUUUUUGUUGUAAUUAUGGCCAAAAUAUUUCAGCUGGUUAAAGAAUUUGAGUGGCUGGUUGUUUUUGUUUCUACCUUUAACAAUGACUGCUGGACCAAAAACAACAUUUUAGGCCCUGUUUUAUUAUCCAGUUUUUAUGGCUUUAAUCAUUUACUGGGACGUCCAGGUCUGUGGCGGACAUGACAUGCAGACAGGACUUUUAUCCAGAUCUCUGCUGUUCCUGAGGACUACCAUGUAAAGACAUGAAUUGGUGUCCUGUCUGUCCGUGUUAAAGUGCAAUGAGUUUGCCAGUCUGUCAGUCUGUUUUGACUGCAACACCUUGUGAUUUUACCUUUUUCUCCUUUUUGUUUGCAGUUUGAUUUAAAAAAAAAUAUAUAUAUAUAUAUAUAUAAAAAAAUCAAAGCCGAUCACAUGAUGGUUGU